AUGGAUUGUGUGCGGGAACAUUAUCCUCCGCGAGCUAGACACGAUGGCGCUGCGUUCGGCAUUGGUCCGGUUCCCUUCGGGCCUCGCGCGCCUGAGUUCGGUCAUGAAGCAUCGUUCGCAGGUGCAGACUUCUUCGGCGGCCCCAACCCUGUAAUAAACCCUUUGAUCUCCGACUCGGUGUUCAUCGCCAUCUCGCGCAGCGAAGCCCACGAGAUUAUUCGAGCGCUUCGUGCCUUGUCUCUCAACUCAAGGCCUCUUCCGUCUUCCUCUUCCAAUGCAGAGCGGCGUGUGGACGGAUCUGCCCCCUCCCAUGACAGGGCGUUCUUGCCGACUUCUAACCCCCCUUUCGCCACUGAUCCCACCUCAAACCAUGAUAUGUCUUACAUGGAAGGAUUCAGUGUUCUUCCACUGAACAAUUCAUUCGAUGAUUUCCACACACCGAACGAUUCUUCUAUGGAGACCCUUCACGUCGAUGUCGAUCCCGCGACCACCGCUGUGGCCUCUUUCAAUGCGCUAAUGAUCCCAUCGCAGCUCCAUGACUUUCCCCCAGUCCCGUCCGGAGGCACAGGGCCUCCCAUCUCUCAUCACCGGUGCUCGUAUGAUGAUCAAAAUUCCACAUCGCCUCCACAGCCCGAGCGCAAUGAUCACUCCGACCAGGUCUCUUCAGUGCCUUCUAUGAGACGCCCAAAACAGCAGGUGCUAGCCUCAUCCGACGCGCCUGUCUACCCUCUGCAGGGCACGCGCUGUCACUGGGAUGGUGACUGCGAUGUCACGUUAGACGAUGUGACUCCGAGUGGUAUCGAGCGUCACAUCAGGGAGGUGCACCUACGCGGGAAUUGGAACCGACAGGUUCGGGGAGCAUGCACAUGGGUAGUCGGAGACAGGCCCUGUGAACGCAAGAUGAUGCAGGGAGGCUACGGCAAACAUGUAGCAUCAAUUCACUUGCAGUCAACCGCUGUCGUCUGUGACGUCUGCGGAAAGACCUAUUGCAGGAGCGACGUGCUUCAGAAGCACAAGCUACUGCAUGCGAGGGACGAAGCUGGUCACCUAUGA